AUGGGUAGUAUAGAGAUGGAUAAGGAGAGGUUGACGGCAGAAAUGGCAUUUAAGGACUCAUCAUCUGCUGUUAUCAAAAUCCGUAGAAGAUUGCCAGACUUUUUGCAGUCUGUGAAACUCAAAUACGUGAAGUUGGGCUAUGGCUAUUCAUGCAACCCUGCCACUGUUUUCAUGUUCCUUGUAGUUUUACCCGUGUCCAUAGCCACUCUCAUUCAACUGAGUGGUCUAAGAAUCGACCGGGUUCCAGACAUAUGGACUAGCCAAACCAACGUUCUUGACACAGCCACCGGAUUAGCGGGUUCAAUCGUAUUGAUGUUCCUGUUAGGACUAUACUGUGCCAAGCGACCCAGAUCUGUCUACCUCGUGGACUUCGCUUGUUAUAAGCCGGAAGACGAACGGAAAAUGUCAGUUGAAUCGUUCUUGAAGAUGACUGAAGAGAACGGUGCCUUUGGGGAAGAAGCCGUUCAAUUCCAAAGACGAAUCUCAGUCCGGUCCGGUUUAGGUGAUGAGACAUAUCUACCUAGUGGUAUUACGUCUAGACCGCCAAAUUUGUGCAUUAAAGAAGCCCGGUUGGAGGCUGAGGCUGUCAUGUUCGGUGCACUCGACUCACUUUUCUCUAAAACCGGAGUUAAGCCCAAUGACAUCGGAAUUCUUAUCGUGAAUUGUAGCCUAUUCAAUCCAACCCCAUCUCUCUCCUCCAUGAUCGUCAACCAUUAUAAGCUUCGACCCGAUAUCAAGAGCUACAACCUUGGCGGAAUGGGCUGCAGUGCAGGCCUUAUAUCUAUCGACCUCGCAAAUCAACUCCUCAAAGCAAAUUCCAAUACGUAUGCAGUGGUUUCAAAAACCAAUGGUCCAGCAGGUGGUCCUACCAUUUUUGCUCUCACUAUCAGAGAAACAUCGACAAGGCGGGCCAAUAUCACGAUUGUCACUGAAAAUCAAUCGCACGUCUACUCUGUAAAGCAUAUGAUAGACAAUUAG